AUGUAUUUCCGUCUGGCUACUGGAUUUCUUCUUUGUUGGGCACUUUUCGUGGACGCCGAAGUUACAUCUAAAGAUGCGAAGGUGGCAGGAAACGUGAACGCUGGAAGCGCAGGCACCUUCGUCUAUAAUAAUGUUAACGAUCCACGGAUACUCGUUCUGGCUGACAAAGCGAUCACCACAAUCAACUUGCAGUCAAAAGGACGAUACUAUUACACAUAUACAGAGAUCAUCAGCGCAAAAACACAAGUAGCAAAGGGGAUGGUAACAAUUCUCGAACUUCUCGUUGCACCAAUUAUGUGCAAAAAAGACGAUUGUGAGCUGCAACCGAAUGGACGAGAGGUUUGCCUUGUAUCGUUUUGGCAAAGAGCAGAAGAUAAAUACGGUCAAAUGAACGUUGAAGACUGCGUACCGUUACGAGGUUUAAUUGAGAGAUGCACUCAAUCAAGGCCAGUGCAACCUCGACCAAUGCCUAAACCUGCAACUGUUAACAGAAAAGUAUCGGGUGCCUUGCAAAUGAUAAAUGUCAGCUUACCCGAAGUUCAGAAAUUAGCCGAUGAGGCUGUAAAAGCUAUUCGUGUUAAAGUGCCUUACGAGAACUACACACAAGUGCUUCGCAAUGUUGAAAGUGCUGCGGUGCAGGUUGUGGGUGUCACGAAAUUCCAUCUGGCGGUGCUUGUGGGAACCGUUGCUUGCGAGAAAAACCGAUGUAUCGUUUCUAUUUGGCGCCAAUCGGGUGCCAACAAUCCCGAGGUAAUCGAAAUUGUGAGCUGCGUCCGCACUGAUGUACCUGUUACUAGCAAUCAAACGAAGACUGGCAAGCCAAGUAAUGGAAUAGAGAAGCCCACCUCGAGUAGCCAAAGGAAAGAAGAAAGAUCAAAUGUGCAGAACAACGAGAAAACUUUGCACAGCACAAAAGUGGAUGCAAAAAAGCCUGAAGAAAAAAAUGAAAUAAAGCCGAGUGACUCAAAAAAGGCCGAGAAUUCCGUGGAACAGAAAAAUGACGGACAGCAAAAACAACUUGAAAAGGCUGAAACAUCAAAUGUAACGAAGGCACAAUUCCAACCAGUGGAUGUCAACGAUCCAAAGAUGAAGGCCUUAGCUGAUAAAGCAGUUGAGGAAUUGAACAAGAAAGUACCAGAGAAUGGGUUCAAAAUGGCCAUCACGAAAAUCCUUGACGGUAAACAGGAAAUGGUAGACGGUACUAAAGUCAACCUGAACGUUCUUGUUGAGACAACCGACUGCAAAAAGAACGAUGAUCCGAAAAAGAAAUGUAAUAUUAAUGCAGCUGGACCGAAAAUGGUAUAA